AUGAAGUUAUUACUCAAGGCAACAAUUACUCUUCUAGUAAUAAACCUAGUAAAAUGUUCUAUAGACGGACUAUCAUACAUGGACAUACAGAAGUCAAAAAAAUACAAUAUAAUUCCAAAAGUUGAGGAUCCAUGUAAUCCUCUAUAUUGGUAUCCCAGACCUAUUCCAGAUUAUUGUUAUUUCAAUAACGGACCGAAAACGGAAAAGCCGAUAAUUGGACCUAUACCAAUGCCGAUUCCUGUACCAGUAUUUCCAAAACCGAUAGGUCCAGUACCUCUUUUACCUCCACCGCCUUCACCUCUAGUUCCAGCACCUUUACCAGUUGGUGUACCAUUUGCUCCAAACCCUAUGAUGCCAGUAAGUUCUGGAGUAGCUUAUCCAAUUGCAUCAAAUCCUCUACCUCCACCAUUCCUUCCAUAUAACACAUAUGCAUCUUACGGCAACCAACAAGCGGGAAUGGUACCAGGAAUCAGAGGAAUCGUAACACACGAUGGGGGAAUUAACAUUUUACCAUUUUCCGACGCGUACUCUGACAUGCUAGAGAAACACAAACAGAAAAUGAUACGAAGAAAACUCCAGAGAGUUCUAGACGACUACGAAGAUUAUCCCAAGAACUAUUACAGGCUACGAAAGAGGCUAAGAAGCGCGUACAUUGAUUGA